GCGAUAACCAACCACGAGAGGUCAAGGUGGUAAAGGUCCGGGUGGUAAGAGGGCAUUCUAUAAAAGCGCUCGCUUCUACCACUCGUCAGUCACACACUUCACAACCUUUACAAUGGCCAAAAUCUUCGUUUUCGUUGUCGCUCUCAUCGCCCUCCAGGGCGUUUGUGCCAAACCCAAAGCCAAACAACAAGAAAAGUCAACUUUGGAAGAAUUAGCCGCCCAAACGCAAGUUUUGGUCAACAAUGUCACACAAACAUUAGGCAUCAAAGAACUGCCCGAUUCCAAAAAGGUCGUCGAAGUUUUGAACACAAAUGCCCAAAAUUUGGCCAAUCACGUGCAAGAAAUCGUCGAAAAACUCAAAACUGAAGCCAAGGCUCACCAACCAGAGGUCGACAAUGUCAUCAAACAAGUUGAACAAAAAUUGAGCGAAACUGCCGCCACUUUACAACAAGCAGCCGGACCUGAAGCCACCGCCAAAGCCAAAGAACUCAAAAAGAACCUGGAUGAUGGACUCAAGACUGCUGUGGCUCAAGUCGAAAAGUUGGUCAAGGCCGUCGAACCCGACGCAACCAAAGCCAAAACCGACAUCCAAAACGCCGCUCAAACCCUUCUGAACCAAAUCGCUGAAGUCAGCAACAAUUUGCAAGCGCAAGUCAAACAAACCAUCGCUGAACACGAAAAAACACACAAAAAUUAAAUAAUUGAAAUGUAUUGAACGGCCUUUCUUGCCGAAAAUUAUUUAGGGGCUAUGAUAUUUUAAUUAUGAAACGAAAAUAAAGUGUUGAGAUACA